AUCAUAAAAGUCAAAUAUCUGGGGCCAAGGAACAGAGCAGGGUGUUGUCAAAGAGGGAUGAGAGGAGGAGGGGGGCACUAUGAGGUGUGCUUUUUUUGGAAGAGCCGGAGAAAGACGGACACCGAGAAGGUGUACUGAUGUGCGAAACCCUGCAACGCGUUGCCCUCCUGAGAAAUAAUUGCGAUCAGGGAAGAAAUGGCCUAGUUAAAACAUCAUCGGCACACCGACCGAGGAUAGAAAAGAAGAAUCGCGUGUAGAUGGACGGGCCACCAUCGUCGUCAUCAUCGUGAUUCCGGUGUUUGCAUCGAGUCUUUUAGGUGUAAUUGGCUCACUGACUGACUGCAGCUCUGGACCCAGCAGGAGUUCCAAGGUGGAAGACGGAUGAGACCACAGAGUCUACCUGAGAAUGCUACCUGACCCUCUGCGUCACCAUGUCACCCUAGGAAAACUGUUAACCUGUCCCUUUCCACACACCCUCUUUUUGCCUUUGUUAUUUCCCAUAACCCACUGAGUUUGUGAUCCCAGUCUACACCAAACUGAAGUCCUAGUGAUAUGACUAGAAGAGCCCUUAUUUUGGACAUGUUGUUUUUUCCUUUCAAUGCUGCCAGCCACCAGGGCUAUGGUGGAAAGCAUCAUUAUACUUCUCAGCAGAUUGCUAAUCACUGUCUGGUGUGGCUCUUGGGACUAGUGCUACACCUGACCCUUUCCUCAUGUCAACGGGUUGACCUGAAACACCCCAUAGUAUCCACAGGCUAUGGAAAGGUCCGUGGCAUCAGGAAGGAGCUCAACAAUGAGAUCUUGGGCCCAGUGGAACAGUACUUAGGUGUGCCAUAUGCCACCGCACCUAUUGGCGAGCGUCGCUUCCAGCCACCCGAAGCUCCAGGCUCCUGGCAAGAGAUUCGCAAUGCCACCCAUUUUGCACCUGUGUGUCCCCAGAAUGUGCACGGGGUUUUACCUGAGAUCAUGCUACCAGUGUGGUUCACAGACAACCUGGAUGCUGCAGCGACCUAUGUUCAGAACCAGAGUGAAGACUGCCUUUACCUCAACAUUUAUGUACCCACUGAAGAUGGUCCGCUCACAAAAAAACACGAUGAGUCUACAAUGAACAGACCAAGGGAUGAAGAUAUCCGGGAUCGUCGUAAGAAGCCGGUCAUGCUGUUCAUCCACGGCGGCUCCUACAUGGAGGGCUCAGGGAACAUGUUUGAUGGCAGCGUCCUUGCUGCUUAUGGAAAUGUCAUUGUGGUCACCAUGAACUAUCGGCUCGGUGUGCUCGGGUUUCUGAGCACAGGGGACCAGUCUGCUAAGGGGAACUAUGGCUUGUUGGACCAGAUCCAAGCCCUGCGCUGGCUCAAUGAAAACAUUGGCCACUUUGGAGGAGACCCAGAGAGAAUCACCAUCUUUGGCUCCGGAGCCGGUGCCGCCUGUGUGAACCUUCUCAUCCUCUCCCAUCACUCCGAGGGCCUGUUCCAGAGGGCCAUCGCUCAGAGUGGCUCAGCCAUCUCCAGCUGGUCAGUCAACUACCGACCGCUGAUGUACACCAAGAUCCUGGCGAGGAAGGUCGGCUGCACUCUGGGGGACAUGGCUGAUUUGGUGGACUGCCUGCGGAGAAAGAGUUUCCGGGAGCUGGUGGACCAAGACAUCCAGCCCGCACGCUAUCACAUCGCUUUCGGACCUGUGGUGGAUGGGGACGUGGUGCCAGACGACCCUGAAAUCCUCAUGCAGCAGGGCGAGUUCCUCAACUACGACAUAUUGCUGGGUGUCAACCAGGGAGAGGGCCUGAAGUUUGUGGAUGACAGUGAAGGCGAAGAUGGAAUAUCAGCAGCGUCAUUUGACUACACCAUCUCCAACUUUGUGGACAAUCUGUAUGGAUACCCUGAUGGUAAAGAUAUCCUUAGGGAAACCAUCAAAUUCAUGUACACAGACUGGGCUGACAGGGACAACAGUGACAUGCGUAGGAAGACCCUCCUGGCUUUGUUUACGGACCAUCAGUGGGUGGCCCCGGCUGUCGCCACUGCCAAGCUGCACGCCGAGUUCCAGUCGCCUGUCUACUUCUACACCUUCCACCACCACUGUCAGACCGAGGCAAGGCCGGACUGGGCAGACGCGGCCCAUGGAGAUGAGAUCCCCUAUGUGUUUGGGAUUCCCAUGGUGGGAGCCACUGACCUCUUUCCCUGUAACUUCUCCAAGAACGACGUAAUGCUCAGUGCUGUAAUCAUGACAUACUGGACCAACUUCGCCAAGACAGGGGAUCCUAACUUACCAGUUCCUCAGGACACAACCUUCAUCCACACCAAGCCCAACCGCUUUGAAGAGGUCAUCUGGACCAAGUUUAGCUCCAAAGACAAGCAGUACUUGCAUAUCGGCCUGAAGCCUCGUGUCAGAGACAACUACCGGGCUAACAAGGUGGCCUUCUGGCUAGAGCUGGUGCCGCAUCUGCACAGCCUCCGCGAGGAAAUCAUUAGCUCCUUCACAACUCGACUGCCGCCCGGAGGCACCAACCGCAGGAAGGGCCCUCACAGCCCCGGUGCCCGCUCCACACGACACCCUGUAAUCUCCACCUACCCUCCUGAUCCUGAGCCUGAUGGUUCAGAGACACCCCGCUAUUCUCCCUUCCCCAGUGAGACUAGGGACUACUCCACCGAGCUGAGUGUGACCGUAGCUGUGGGCGCCUCGCUUCUUUUCCUGAAUGUGCUGGCCUUUGCUGCGCUUUACUACAAACGGGAUAAGCGCCAUGAACUCAUGCAGAGACGCCACCGCCGACUCUCCCCACAACGAGGCACGACAAUGGGCAUGGGUGUUGGCAUGGGAGUCGUAGGGGCCCCGCCGCACAAUGACCUGGCACUGAGCCAGGAGGAGGAGCUAAUGUCGCUGCAGAUGAAGCAGCAAAGAGUGGAGCUGGAGCACGGCACACCCCUCCCGUCCCGCGGCGUCCAUGGCGACCUAGAGCCUCUGCGGCCCCCCGUGUGCCCGCCUGACUACACACUGGCCCUGCGGCGAGCACCGGAGGAUGUGCCACUGAUGACAGCAAAUACCAUCACCAUGAUCCCCAGCACCAUCAGCAGCAUGCAGCCCCUCCACCCCUUCAACACGUAUCCCCCCGUCCCGGCUCCCUCCACUACACCUGUCCCCAGCCACAGCAACAAUGCCCUGCCCCAUCAACACUCCACCACCCGUGUAUAGGACCAGGCACAACCUCUGCUACCCCACUCUGGGCUUACAGAGACACACCACACAAACUGCUCCAUACAAGUUCACUCUCUCCACCCUCUAUUCUUCUUCAGUAUAUCUUUGUCUUUUCUCAUUAAGCCCUCAAAUAAAGCUGCAGUUUGUAAGAUUUUAAGCAGUGAAAUACCUCUAAAAUGUAAUCAUAAAUCAAGGAGUCGAUUAAAAAAAAGCUCCUUUGCCAAAAGCCUGUCAUCAUAGAUACAUUCUAUUUUGCCCCGUUAAAGCUCUGUCAAUAUCUGUUGCUUUGUCGGGCCACCAAAAACGCAGCUUUAAGCUUGUAGCUCUCUCUCAAAGAGGUAUCGAGCUAAUCAGGAUCAGUCAGGCAUCUUAUGUGUAGCUUGGUUGUUUCGCGCAUGUGCUCUUGUGUCAGUGUAAAACUAAGUUUAACAUAGAAUACAAAUAUUCAUUUUUAUUCGUUUAGUGAAAAGAUAUUACAGUAGUUAGCAGCUUUGUAUGCGGCAACAUAUGCUCCAACAAGCUGGCUGUCAUAAAGCAGUCAUUUCUUGAAACUUACAAAUUGCAGCUUUAAAGGCCCAAUCUGGAAGUGAAGUUUGGCACCCUGUGUUGAACACUAUGUCCCAACAGCUGUCUCUGUGUUCUGAUUUUGGAGAAUUUUGUUUCAUGUGAAAAUGUACUGACAGGACUGGGAGUACAAGGAUCAACACUAUUUGACAGCUAAGCAUGAGUUUUUUUUAUUUAUUUGAAAGCUUAAUUUCUUCUACUCACAAACGUAUGUACCUGUUUUCAGUUAGGAUGCAACCUAAAUGCCAUCAGAAGUUCUUUUUUUUUAAAAAUCUGUAUACUCAGAACUGAUGCUCUCAGAACAUUUCCAGAUUGGGGCUUCAACUGAUGGGCGGUACAGGAAAUAACUGAAUCAUACUCAGUCUGUGGGAUGCAACCUGGAAUCCAGGCUGCCCAUUAGAACUCGCUGCAUCUCCGCCACACUGGCUCUAAUCAUGUCCAUUACUUUAUUUGUUUCUCACUCAUUAUCUCUCUGUCUGUAUGACCAUCUCAGCUCAUUUAACUGCUUCACUCUUUUUGCUGCCUCACGCUCUAUCUCUAUCGCUCUACAUCUUCCCUUGUAGCUCUUUUUAUUAAACCAUUGACAUAAUCCAUUUUCAUCUCCAAUUCUUUCCUCUUUCUCACAAUCACUUCUAGACUCUUUUUUCCUUUUGGAGUCUUUUAUACAAAAACACAAAUGUAAAUGAUGUAUUAUUAAUAAAUUGUAAGGAUAUGAAUGAAAAAAAAAAAAGAUAUUCUGAUAUCUCGUUUUUACCAGCAUUCUUGGUGCCAAGUACUGUGAUAAAGGUCCUCUUUCACUGGCGUCCAGUGGACUGCCUGGAGAGGUCCGUCCUGACUGUAUCUUACAAAAGGAAUUACCAUCAUAAAAAGUGCCAACCCUCUUCAUCUUUCUUUUUGAUCCACACACUUUUUUUUUUAAAUUACACUCAAUGUUGCACUGUGGCUGGUCCCUUCCUUAAAGGGAAAUCAGAUCGAAUCAAUAUACCCUCUUUUAAAAAAGAAGAAUAUAAAGUUUUAUUAACUACUUUACUGUCUGGGAUAUUUGCAUGGUGUUUUUUUCCUAAAGAGUGUGGACAGAGAAGUU